GUUCUUCACCUUUCGCUUAUCCAAACCCUAUCUCUGGCCUGCGUGUACUCUUUUUUUAUAAGCUGCUGCUAGCUAUUCAAAGCAGUAUAUAUACUAUUAGCUAGCCUGAUCUCCAUUAACAAUAUCCAUAUGGCUUCCACCGAUAAGCCUACUGACCCUGAACACGGCAAAGAAAUCCCACCACCCAAGCCAGAAGUCCCAGCUGCUGCACCCCCAGCUGUGAACUGUUUUGUUCUUGAUGUGGCUCUCAGGGUCUUGCUAUUUGCGGCGGCUUUGACUGCUGUCAUCAUCAUGGUCACUGGCGAGCAAACGAAGCUGAUUCCGCUGCUAGGAAAUCGCAAGGCCAAGUUUAAUCACUCGCCGGCUUUCAUAUACUUUGUGGUGGCGCUGUCCGUUGCUGGCCUCUAUAGUCUCAUUACAAUAUUAGCAUCGACCUCUGUUAUCCUGAAGCCAUUCUUCUCGAAAAAGUUCCUAGUCUAUUUUGCAUAUACGGAUGUGCUGAUAUUGGGGCUGGUAGCGUCAGCCACUGGCAGCGCUGGUGGGGUUGCAUACGUGGGGUUGAAAGGCAACAAACACGUGGGCUGGAUCAAGGUGUGCUCCACCUACGAUACAUACUGCCAACAUAUCGCUGGGUCCCUUGCUGUUUCCUUGUUCGCUUCUGUUGUUCUUGUCUUUCUCAUCUGGCUCUCCAUUUUCUCCCUUCACCGUCGACCAUCUGCUCCCCCUCUCUAAAGGCGGACCCAUAUGUCAGAUUGGCUUUUCAGGAAUUUGUGUUGUAUAAAAUCUCAACGCUCGCUUCUGUUCCCGUGUAUUGUCUGGGCAUAUUAUGUAUUUUAUCUUCGAUGUGUGUAUGUUAAUGACGUGUGAUUGAAUUUGUAACAUUUCGAUAUUUGAUUUAUGCAGCCUCGAUGCUGAUCUUA